AUGCAGUCUGCUAUUCUGUUGCUCGCUGCCGCUGGUGCCGCCUCGGCCCAACUCGCCACCGUUUCUGAGCCUGCUCCCUCUGCCAUCGACGCUGCUGCUGCCACCGCCGUCCCUUCUUCCCCCGUCUCCAACGUCCAGGGUCUUGCUUUCAAGAAUUUUUACCAGAUCUGGUUGGAGAACAUUGACUACGGCAAUGCUUCCGAUGACAGCAACCAGCAGUACCUGGCUUCCAAGGGUAUCACCUUGACCAACUUCUGGGCGGUCGCUCACCCUUCGGAGCCCAACUAUGCUUCCACUGCUGCUGGUGACCAGUUCGCUAUGGACAACGACAACUUCAAUCAGAUUCCCGAGAACGUCUCCACCAUCGUUGAUGUGUUGGAAACCAAGGGAAUCUCUUGGGGUGAAUACCAGGAGGGUCUCCCCUACGCUGGUUUCCAGGGCUUCAACUACUCCAACCAGGAGACCUAUGCCAACGACUACGUCCGCAAGCACAAUCCUCUUAUCCUCUUUGACAACGUUGCCGGAAAUGCUUCCCGUGCUUCCCAGAUCAAGAACUUCUCCAGCUUGUGGUCUGACAUUGAGAACAACACUCUCCCCCAGUGGGCUUUCAUCACCCCCAACAUGACCAACGAUGCUCACGACACCAACAUCACCUUCGCCUCCAUCUGGGAGCGUGGUUUCGUUGAGAAGCUCGAGAACUCUACUGACUUCUGGAACGAGUCUCUUAUCUUGCUGACCUUUGACGAGACCGGUGACUACCCCAUCAAAAACAAGGUCUUCUCUGUCCUCAUCGGUGGUGCUAUUCCCAGCAACUUGGUUGGCACCGUUGAUGACACUUUCUACACUCACUACUCCACCUUGGCCACCGUUCAGGCUAACUGGGGUCUUCCUUCCCUUGGUCGCUGGGACUGCGGUGCCAAUAUCUUCCAGAUUGUAUCCAACAAGACUGGAUACACCAACUACCAGGUCGACACCACCAACUUGUACAUCAACUCCUCCUUCAUUGGUCCUCUCUCCACCAACACCUACUCCAACUACUCCUCCGUCUGGCCCGUCCCUGCCACCGGUAACGAGACUUGCUCUGCUGGUCACGGUAUCCUUGCCUCUGUCAAGUCUACCUGGGGUUCUCUUGCUGCCACCUACAACUACACCAGCCCCUUCCCCUUUGACACCGCUUCGAAGAAGGAUAUUAACAUUCCUUUCUCCCGCAACGGUACCACCUGGGUCUCUGGUGUCAACAACACUGACGUGACCUCCAGCAAGUCCUCAAACUCUACCGGCACCACCACCGGUACCAGCACCAGCUCUUCUUCUAGCAGCACCUCUACCGGAGCUGCCUCCGUCAACGGUGCUUCCGGUGUCUUGGCUCUUGCCGCCGGUGCUGUCUUAGCUUUUGCCUUGUAA